AUGGCUGGACUAUUCGUCAAUCUCGAGGCGCCCAACGGCGUCAAGUACGCCCAGCCCACCGGGCUCUUCAUAAACAACGAAUUCGUUCCCUCCUCCUCGGGCCAGACUAUCGCCUCCAUUGAUCCAGCCACUGAAAAGGAGAUUGCUGCAGUUCACGCAGCCAACGCUGAUGAUGUAGACAAGGCUGUCCGCGCUGCGCACGCCGCCCUCGCAAACCCCGAAUGGAAGCAAAUGCCUGCUGCGCGGAGGGGCCUGUUGAUGUACAAGCUUGCCGAGCGCAUUGAGCAACAGCAGGAGAUUUUUGCGACGUCUGAGGCUUGGGACAAUGGCAAGACUUUUGCUGAUGCCAUCACCCUGGACCUCCCUGAAGUCGUCAACGUCAUCCGCUACUAUGCUGGUUGGGCAGACAAGACCCACGGCCAGACUGUCACAGCAAACCCUCAGAAACUCGCUUAUACCAUUCGCCAGCCUAUUGGUGUUGUGGGACAAAUCAUUCCCUGGAACUUUCCCCUUUCGAUGGCGAGCUGGAAGAUUGGCCCAGCUCUGGCGUGCGGAAACACAAUUGUUCUCAAGGCCGCCGAGCAAACGCCUCUCAGCAUCCUCCUCCUGGCCGCUGCGGUCAAGGAAGUCGGGUUUCCUCCCGGCGUUUUCAACGUCAUCAAUGGCUACGGCCGGGAGGCGGGAUCGGCUUUGGUAGAGCACCCGCUGGUCGACAAGGUGGCGUUUACUGGGUCUACUGCGACGGGCACUCAAAUCAUGAAGAUGGCUGCGGCAACCCUCAAGAACAUCACGUUGGAGACGGGAGGCAAGUCUCCUCUCCUAGUCUUCGCCGAUAGCGACCUCGACCAGGCUGCCAGGUGGUCUCACAUGGGCAUCAUGUCCAACCAGGGUCAGAUUUGCACCGCCACCUCUCGGAUCCUCGUGGAAGACAGUGUCUACGACGACUUUGUCGCCCGCUUCCUCGAGACGACCAAGACAGUCAGCAAGGUCGGCGAUCAGUGGGAUCCCGACACGUACCAGGGACCCCAGGUUUCCAAGAUGCAGUUCGACAAGAUUCUGGAAUACAUCGAGAUUGGAAAGGCAGAGGGCGCCAAGCUCCUCGCUGGCGGCAAGCCCAAGGAUGUCAGCGGCAAGGGUUUCUUCGUCGAGCCUACCGUCUUUGGCGAGGUCAAGGACACGAUGCGCGUCUUCCAAGAAGAGAUUUUCGGGCCGGUCGUGGUCAUCAGCCGCUUCAGCUCCGAGGCCGAGGCUCUGGGCUUCGCCAACGACUCCGCAUACGGCCUGGGCGCAGCUGUCUUCACCAAGGACAUUGAGCGUGCGCAUCGAGUUGCGGCCGAGAUCCAGGCUGGCAUGGUCUGGAUCAACAGCAGCCAAGACUGCGAGCCCGGGGUUCCCUUUGGCGGAGUCAAGCAGAGCGGUAUUGGACGAGAGCUGGGCGAGGCAGGACUCGAGGCGUAUAGCAACAUCAAGGCGGUGCAUGUCAACCUGGGGGCUCGCAUUUAA